CAACUUCCAUGACACUGAAAAGAAAACGCAGUGCACGACUCAAAUUAGGCACAACUUCCAACCACCCUCACUCUCUCUCUCCUCCUUCCUAUACUUCUACUUUAUAUACAUACACAUCCACAAAAUCAUCUCCUCAGCUCCCAGUAAUAGCACGGCCUGCACAAAUAUAUUCUUCUCAAAACUGUUUUUAUUUUCAGAUGGCUGGCAGCGGUAAAAAUGGUUUUCAACUCGACGUCGAGCAGCAUAAACCCACUCUGAUCACUCCUGCACAGGAAACACCAAAGGGUCUUUACUUCCUCUCCAACCUCGAUCAGAACAUUGCAGUCAUUGUCCGUACCAUUUACUCCUUCAAAUCAGAGUCCAGAGGCAAUGAAGAUGCGGCCCAAGUCAUUAAAGACGCUCUUUCCAAAGUGCUUGUCCAUUACUAUCCCCUUGCUGGGCGGCUCACUCUCAGCUCCGACAAGAAGCUCAUUGUGAACUGUACUGCGGAGGGAGCUGUCUUUGUGGAGGCCGAGGCUGACUGUUCCAUUGAAGACAUUGGAGAUAUAACCAAGCCUGACCCGGACACUCUUGGCAAGCUCGUCUAUGACAUUCCUGGCGCUACCAACAUUCUUCAGAUGCCUCCUCUUGUUGCCCAGGUAACUAAGUUCAAAUGUGGUGGAUUCGUUGUGGGGUUGUGUAUGAAUCAUUGUAUGUUUGAUGGGAUUGGGGCAAUGGAAUUUGUGAAUUCGUGGGGUGAAACGGCAAGGGGUUUGCCUUUGGCAGUCCCGCCGUUUCUAGAUAGAAGUAUUCUGAAAGCACGAGAGCCGCCGGUGAUUGAGUUUCCUCACCGGGAAUUCGAUGAGAUAGAAGAUGUAUCCAACACUUCUAAGCUUUAUGGAGACGAGGAGAUGCAUUAUCGGUCGUUCUGUUUCGAGCCGGAGAAGCUGAAUAAACUUAAACAGAGAGUGAUUGAAGAUGGGGUUUUGAAGAAAUGCACCACGUUUGAAGCUCUAUCGGGAUUUGUGUGGAGGGCAAGAACAGAGGCUCUAAGAAUGCGACCCGAUCAACAAACAAAGCUUCUCUUCGCCGUCGACGGACGGUCUAGGUUCCAGCCACCAAUACCGAAAGGGUAUUCUGGAAACGCCAUCGUUUUAACCAACUCGCUAUGCAGCGCCGGCGAGCUUCUGGAAAAUCCACUGUCGUUUGGGGUGGGGCUGGUUCAGAAGGCGGUGGAGAUGAUCACGGACAACUACAUGAGGUCGGCCAUCGAUUUCUUUGAAGCGACGAGAUUAAGGCCUUCUCUGGCGGCGACUCUGUUGAUUACUACUUGGUCGAGGCUAGGGUUCCACACGACGGACUUCGGGUGGGGGGAGCCGGUGUUUUCAGGGCCGGUGGCGUUGCCGGAAAAAGAGGUGAUUCUAUUCCUAUCUCAUGGGAAAGAAAGGAAGAGCAUAAAUGUGCUUUUGGGGCUUCCAGCUUCUGCCAUGGAAAUCUUCCAACAGGCGAUGCAAAUUUGAGGGCACAAAAAUGUGUGUUGGCUCUGUUUCUUCUUCUCUGUCUCUGAGCUCUUGUAGCAAAGAUGAGGAAAUUUCAUCUUUAUUAUUCAUCCCAACGUGUUGUUUUUCGUCCUCCAAUUCCAUUUUUAUUUUUAUUUCAUAAUUUCAUGUGACGUCAUUACCUACAUUUUUCUAUUAAUCAAUACAUUGUUUGGUGCUUGUUCAUGUUUUAGCGAAUAAAGUUGUAUUAUUUUAUGAGAUAGUUUUUUGCUAGACUCAAUGAACAUGGGAUGA